AAAGGGAGAACUGAAGCAUGUAGUUUAUUUGCAAGCAACCGUCGAAGCAAAGACCAUGGCCAUCGCCACCGCUCUGAUCCCUUUUAAGCUUAUCAACGGUCGCCGCUUUCAAUCUAAAAAUCAUACUCCAAUUCUUGCUCAACGUCUGCAUUUCAAGGUCUCUUGCUGUGUUCUUAAUCCAAUCUCUCGCGAUUCUCACUAUCAGAAACUCGUGGAUGAAUUUGAUCCUCGCAUUCCGAUUGAGAAAGCCCUGACUCCACCCAGCUCUUGGUAUACAGAUCCUUCAUUUUAUGAGUAUGAGCUCCAUCGUGUCUUCUAUGGAGGCUGGCAGGCUGUUGGAUAUACUGAGCAGGUAAAGGAUCCUGGUGACUUUUUCACAGGAAGACUGGGAAAUGUAGAAUUUCUUGUGUGUAGAGAUAAUGAUGGCAAACUUCAUGCCUUCCACAAUGUUUGUCGCCAUCACGGCUCUCUUCUUGCAUCAGGAAGUGGGAAAAAGUCUUGCUUUGUAUGCCCUUAUCAUGCUUGGACUUAUGGUCUAGAUGGAGGACUUCUUAAAGCGACAAGAAUAACUGGGAUGCAAAAUUUCAAAGUAAAUGAGUUUGGGCUUAUUCCACUAAAUGUAGCUACUUGGGGGCCAUUUGUUCUUCUCAAUGUAGGCAAAGAGAGUUCAACUCAUCAAGAAGUUGAUGGCAAUAUGGUGGAAAGUGAAUGGCUUGGUAGCUGUUCUGAUGCACUCAAAACCAAUGGAGUUGAUUCUUCUUUGAGUUAUGUUUGUAGACGUGUAUACGAUAUUGAAUGUAACUGGAAGGUGUUCUGCGAUAAUUACUUAGAUGGUGGCUACCACGUCCCGCAUGCACAUAAAGCUCUGGCAUCUGGUUUGAAGCUUGAUUCUUACUCCACCAUAAUGUAUGAAAAGGUCAGUAUCCAAAGGUGUGAAGGUGGUUCAACUGGAAGUGAAGAGGAUUUUGGGCGGCUUGGAUCAAAAGCUUUAUAUGCUUUCAUUUAUCCUAAUUUUAUGAUCAACAGGUAUGGACCUUGGAUGGAUACCAACCUUGUGGUCCCACUAGGACCCACCAAAUGCCAAGUUAUAUUUGACUACUUUAUUGAAGGUUCUCACAAGGAUGACAAAGCUUUCAUUGAGAAGAGUCUAGAAGAUAGUGAGAGAGUACAGAUGGAGGAUGUUAUGCUUUGUGAAGGCGUUCAGAGGGGUCUUGAAACGCCCGCGUAUUGUAGCGGCAGAUAUGCACCCACGGUGGAGCAAGCUAUGCAUCAUUUCCACCUAUUGCUUCAUCAUCAUCUUAAAAUGUGAGUCUACUUAAUGCCUUAAUCACAACCUUCAUGGGUUACUCAGGCUUUUCUUAUUUUCUAUGUAAUUUGGUUGGGGUUGUCAAUAAUGGGAUAAAUUAUGUUGAUGGUAUCUCAAAUUACCUAAUCUUUAAUUAUGGUUAUUUUGAAUAAUACAAAAUCCCUUUUAAAAUUGUA